AUGUCACUUAAGAUUCUGAGUAGGAAAGAGAAAGAAAGAGUAGUUCGCAGACUGUUAAUACAGGCUCCUCCAGGGGAAUUUUUAAAUGCCUUUGAUGAUCUCUGUCUGCUUGUCCGUGAUGAAAAACUUAUGCACUAUCAAGGUGAGUGUGCAGGCCACCAGCACUGCCAAAAAUAUUCUGUACCACUCUUCAUCGAUGGAAAUCCAGUCCUCUUGUCUCAUCACAAUGUAGUGGGCGACUACCGAUUUUUUGACUAUCAAAGCAAACUUUCUUUCAGAUUCAAUCUGCUUCAAAACCAGUUAAAAGACAUCCAAAGUCAUGGUAUCUUUCGGAAUGAGACGGAAUACCUGAGAAAUGUUGUCCUGUGCGCCUUAAAGCUGUAUGUGCAUGAGCACUAUCCACAAGGAAAUUGCAACGUGCUGAGAAAAACUGUGAAAAGUAAGGAGUUCUUGAUAGCUUGCAUUGAGAAUCACAAUUAUGGAACAGAUUGCUGGAAUGGCCUUUGGCAAUCUAAGUGGAUUUUCCAGAUACAUCCAUUUCUAACCCAAGUGACAGGAAGAAUUUUUGUGCAAGCUCACUUCUUCCAGUAUGUCAACUUACAUAUUGUCAUCUCCAAGGACCUGAAAGAAAGCUUGGAAAUAGUUAACCAAGCUCAACUGGCUAUACAUUUUUCAAGGCUUGUGGAAGAGCAAGAAAGUAAAUUUCAAGCUGCAGUAUCUGAAGAAUUACAGGAGCUAUCGAAUGACGUCCUGAGAAAAAUUCUACGAAGAGAUCUUCCAGUGACCCGCACUCUUAUCGACUGGCAGCGGAUACUCUCUGACUUGAAUCUGGUGAUGUAUCCUGAACUAGGAUAUGUCAUUUAUUCAAAAAGUGUGUUAUGCAACUGCAUAAUAUAA